CAGACUCUCACCUUCGACGAAGUAAGGGCCACAACUCGCCGUGAAUAUCCCAAAAUGGCCGAGAGCCUUCGCAGCAAAAUGGAAGAUCUCAAUUUGAACGGUUGCAGCAACGCCACCGUCGCCAUACAUGCCGAUGAUCCCAUCAACGUCGUUACGGAUGUUGCGCCGCCAUUGCACGUCUCGACCACCUUUAGAUACUCUGAUAACCCCGACGAACUAGUCCCAUUAGCAGAGGAAUCUGAGAUCCCCAGCCCCACAUCCCACGUCUACUCGCGCUACACGGCGCCGAACUACACCCGCUUCGAAACAAUCGUCUCCGCCCUCUUGGGAGGUCACAGCGUCACUUACGCCUCUGGCCUCGCGGCUCUAAACGCCGCCCUGAUCUUUUUCAAUCCGAAACGCAUCUCCGUCGGCAAUGGUUACCACGGCAGCCAUGGCGUCAUCAGCAUCAUCUCCCGCCUCACGGGCCUCAAAAAGAUCGAUCUCGACUGUCCCGCCGAGCAGUUGGAAAAAGGUGACCUGAUCCUACUCGAGACGCCCGUGAACCCGCACGGGACGUCUUUUAAUAUCCAGAAGUAUGCGGAAAAGGCACAUUCCCGCGGGGCUUACUUGCUUGUGGAUAGUACCUUUGGGCCUCCUGGCUUGCAGGACCCGUUUCUAUGGGGUGCAGAUAUGGUCAUGCAUUCUGGCACGAAGUAUCUAGGUGGCCAUAGUGACAUGCUCUGCGGGGUAUUGGCGACCAAGAAUGAUGAGUGGAGGCAUAAAUUGUUCAUGGAUAGGCAAUACUUGGGAAAUAUAAUGGGGAAUAUGGAGAGCUGGCUGGGUGUUCGAAGCUUGAGGACUCUAGAAGUUAGAGUCCAGCGGCAGAGUGAGAAUGCCACGUCGCUGGUCGCAUUCCUCGACCAGGCGCUGAAAGUGCCGAGUCCCGCGGCCAAUGAUCCUGCGAGAGUGGUCCAGGCUGCUGUGAAAGAGAUUUUCCACUCCAGUCUACAAGAAAACGAUAUGGCUUGGCUGUCGAAGCAGAUGCCCGGUGGGUUCGGGCCGGUUUUUUCUAUGACGAUGAAAGAAGAACGUCAUGCCCGUGCGAUUCCGUCGAAAUUGAAAUUCUUCCAUCAUGCUACGAGUCUUGGAGGGGUUGAGUCUUUGAUCGAAUGGCGCGCAAUGUCGGAUGACACUGUCGAUCGAAAGCUUCUGAGGCUAAGUGUGGGCUUGGAGAGCUGGACCGAUCUUAGGGAUGAUUUGUUGGCCGGAUUCCAGGCAUGCUUGAAUCUGUGA